CAGGCAGCUGGCAGCGCUGCCCGGCGCUCCGGGAGGGGACGGGGAGAGGGCCCGCCGAGGUCUCGCGGGAUUUGUCGCCCCCAGGCCGGCCCCCAUUCCCGUGUCUGGCGGGCGGGACGCAAGGAAGAGGAAGCAGGACCAGACCGCCAGCCAGCGCUGCGGACGGCGAAGAUUUGGCUAGCGGCUGCUGCUGCGGCCGCCGCGGCCAGCACGAAGCGAGCCCGACUCCUCCUGCCCGAGACGCGCCGUGCGAGUGCCGAUGGGGAGCUGCCGAGUCUGGCCUGAGCUUGGCGGCUGCUAGAGCGUGAGGCCCGGGAGGCUGAGGAAGGAGCGACGGCGGUGGCGGGCUUGCAGCCCAGCCGGGCUCUCGCAGCAUGGUUGAAUAUGUUGUGGAAUACAAUUAUGAUGCUGUACAUGAUGAUGAGCUAACCAUUCGAGUUGGUGAAAUCAUAAGGAAUGUGAAAAAGCUUGAAGAGGAAGGAUGGCUAGAAGGAGAACUAAAUGGGAAAAGGGGCAUGUUCCCUGAUAACUUUGUUAAGGAGGUUAAGAGAGAAACUGAAUCUAAAGAAGAUGGUUUGCCAGUCAAAAGAGAAAGGCAUGGAAAUGUGGCCAACCUUGUUCAGCGUAUGAGUACUUACGGGCUUCCAACCGGAGCAUUCCAGCCUCAGGGUAAAGGCUUCAGAAGAAGGUCAAAAAAGCGACCAUGUAAAGUUCUGUUUGAAUAUACUCCUCAGAACGAAGAUGAGUUAGAACUGAAAGUAGGUGAUGUUGUAGAUAUGAAUGAAGAGGUGGAAGAAGGCUGGUGGAGUGGGACUUUAAAUGGCAAGACAGGCCUUUUUCCUUCUAACUUUGUAAAAGAAAUAGAGAUAACAGAUGAUGGAGAAGCACAAGAAAGCUUAGAAGACACAGAAUCUGUUUUUCAUGGACCACAGUCUCCUGCAACCUCACCAGGGAAUGGUAGUGAGUCUCCACAGAUAGCACAACCAAAGAAAAUUAGAGGAGUUGGGUUUGGAGACAUUUUCAAAGAAGGCUCAGUAAAACUUAAGCCAAGAUUGUCUAGUAAUGAUUCAGAAGAAAAAAAGCAAGAUAAGCCAUUACCUAAUCUUCCAUCAGGACCAAAAGUAACCUCAUUCCACUGCACAUCAAAAUCAGAAAUGGCAGCAGAAAUGGAAAGCAAACAAAAAGCUAAAGAAUACUGCAAAACCUUGUUUGCUUAUGAAGGUACCAAUGGAGAUGAACUUAAUUUUAAAGAAGGUGAUGUUAUCCAAAUAAUAAGUAAGGACACUGGGGAGGAAGGAUGGUGGAGAGGCAUUCUUAAUGGCAAAGAAGGAGUUUUUCCAGACAACUUUGCAGUUCAGAUUCAUGACUCUGAUAAAGAUUUUCCUAAGCCAAAGAAACCACCACCUCCUGUAAAAAGUCAAGGUUCUAAGGCUGAUCUGCCUGUGGAGAAGAAGUUUCCUCAUCUCCGGAAUGAAGAAAAAGAUGAAAAACCAGUGUUGGAUCAGAAGAUACCUAAACCAGUGGCUCCCCAAGUACCACCAAAAAAACCUGUCCCUCCAAACAAGGCUAAUAGCAUAUUAAAAGGUGGGAUGUUGCUUUCAAAAUGGCCAGAUAAAACAGUUUUGCAACCAUCAGUUUCUAAGAUAAAUGGGGAAAUUGCAUCCUGGAGGCCAAAGUCCGAAAUUGAGCCAACAGUGAAACCAAAGAUAGACUCUGAACAGUUACCAUUGAAAUCAAAAUUAGUAGAGGUAGACUCAGCUGCACUACGGAACUUGAAAGAAACAGAACUUUUAAGUUUUGAUGAUCUAUCACCUACCUCAGAUAAUUUAUCACAUCCCACUGCAAAUAGGCCAAAGAUGCCUGGCAGAAGACUUCCUACUCGCUUCAAUGACAAGAAUCCUACUACUCAGACUCAAAGCGUAGAAAAAAAUGUGAAGGUGCAUAAAGAAGAAGAAGAAAGUGCCAAAUUAAAAUUAUCUGAGUGUAAAAAGCCAUCAAAACUUACUUCACCAGUUCUGACUUCAUUACCACGACCAAGUUCUAUUGUAAUGAAUGCAAUUGCUGGAGAAGCGAAGCUCAGUCAGGAAGCAGAUGUAGGGGAAAAACAUUCUUUAGAAGAGCUAAGAUCUCAGAUCUUUGAUCUCCUGUUGGCUGUAGAAAGCUUGAAAAAAGAACAUGGGAAACAACUGGAAAAACUGAAAAAAGACUUGGAAGAAGAAAAGCAGAUGCGAAGUAACCUAGAGAUGGAAAUAGAAAAACUCAAGAAAGCUCUUAUAACUACAUGAAAGAGCCGCAUUCCAUUGAUCCUUUAUGUGCCAGGAUUUCAGAAUCAGAAAUGAAAUUGACUUUUUUAGACCUCAAGCCAACGGAUGAUAGCAUUCCAUUAGAAAAAAAAAUCUGAGUAUAAUCUUAUUUAUAUUCUGUGAGCUAUGAGGAAAAUAAUGGAUAGCUUUUUUGUUUGUUUCUUGCCAAUAUAGGAGAGGCCUUAUUUCUUACUGUGCAGUAUGGCAGGGUUUGCUUGAGAAUACUACUGAAUCUGUAUAAAAGGGGGGUUCUUAGUAUAUUUUUAUUGAAAUUUUAAGAGAUCUGUACUAUAAAUAAGGCAAUAUCUUUGAAAAUAAACUGUAAAAUAUAUAGUAUAGGAGAGAGGCAAAUGGUAUAGUUUUGUAUGUUUCAAAGUCUUUUCAUUUUGCUAAAGGGAAUAUGACGUUAAUCCUAUGCUGUUUUAUUGUUCAGGUCUUUUGAGUUUGUUCUCACUAUGAAGCAGGAGGAUCACCAAACUCUAGCACCAUGAUAUUGUAAUAUUUCCUUAACUGAGAAUCCAGAGUAUAGUACUGUGGUUCUUGCACUAUAGAAUUUAUAGAAAGGAUCUAUAACUAGGACAUCUGGACACAUACAAACACAUGAAUACUUAGAAAAAUCAAAGCAUAAACUUGAGAUAAUCCUAUAGGAUGACGUUUUUGCUAAUUACUACAGAAUGUGACAUGUUAAAUAUUCUCCUGAGUAUUUCAUUUCUUUUUACAGAUUAUAAAUCUAACACUACAAUAUCAUCAGCUUUUAAAUGCUUUGCACUAAUAAUUGUAACAUUUUAAAAACCUACAUAUAACAAAAUAUUUAAAGCUACCAGUUUUCUAAAUGCAGUCUUAAAAUAAGGGUAUAUAAUCUACCUAAUUGUUAAAGUAUUCAGUAAAUCCAUAAUGAGUUUUUAGGUAAAUAUUUGGCUUAUGCUUUAGAAUUCAAAUUGAAUUACUGUAUAUUUUAACAAGGUUUCUUUGAGUCAUUUGUUUAAGUUAUUUCUACAGCCUAAAAUCCAAUUUAUUUUCUGUAAAGAAGAAAAACUGAAGUUAUUUGGUGCUCUGUUCAAGCCAAAGAUAAAGAUAUAAUUCAGCCUUUUUCCCUUCUAGCAUUGCUAUCCUAAAACUUUAUAGAAAGGGGGAACUGUUUCAUGAUUUUAGGCUUGUUCUAAAUGAUUGGAAUGUUUUGAUGCCUAUGUCCUGUUUUACAUGGCAUUAAUAUUUUGUCUUAUUUGGAUGUGAGCAAACCAUGUUAGUGUUUUUAACAUAAAAAAAGUUAAUUCUAGUUCCAAAUAUAAAUCAAUGGAUUAAAAUUGGAAAUGAAAACAUGAGCAUAUAAAGUUAUGAUGACUGUUUGCUUAUUAUAUGGAUACAGAGCUAAUAACAUAAACUAAUAUAUCACACAAUGAUCAUCCUCUGUUGCCAGUUUUCCUUAGUAAUCAUAGUAUAUUGUAUGUUCUCAGUUUAUUAACUUCAAGCUCAGUGAGAUCCAUUUCAUACUAAUUUAUAAAGAGAUUAAUAAUUCUUGACUUAGUAGUCAAAAUCACCAUUUGUGGGCUUAUUGGCCUCAUUUUUGCAUAGAAUCCAGAGAUGGGAGGCAUGUUUAGUCUUAACAGAUCUUUUGCAAGUAAUCCUCUGCAAAACUCAGGAGGAAUAGAAAUAAGCCAUCUUCUUCAACAAAUAUGGUGGACUGACAGACGAAAAAUUUGCCUGUCUCCCAAGGUACCUGAAGUACCAUCGUAUUUUGUUUUCUAUUUCCUUGAAUAGCAGCAGUUAUACCUUUUAGCUGUCCUUUCAAAAUCAAAGUUUUGCAGAAUAGAAACUUAGAAACCAUCUGCCUUUCUCUCUCCCAAUGUUCAUUAAAGUAUUAUUUUUUUCCCCAGUAGGAGGUAGCUUUUUGAUAGCACCUUCAAGUCUGACUUUCUAUUUUCUUUAACCUACACACGCACGCGCACAUACACACACACACACACACACACAUUACACAAUUGAGAAUGCAUGAGGAAUUUUACAAUGUGAUUUUGGGUUUACCAAAAAAAAAACCCCACCCCUCAAGCACCAGCAAUGAGAGAUAGUUCUUAUUUUCUUGGGAUCACUCCAGCCACCUUUUCUUUAUUCCAUACCCUGCACAAAAGGAAGAUACUGUUUUUCCUCUUGCAGAGGGAUUUUUUUUUAAAGCUACAAGGAUUUGUUUCACCAAAAAUCCACCUCUUCCUUCUGGUAACUGAACUUGAAGGGAAAAUGGCUUCUUCGUUCUUCCUAGGAAAAGAAAAGGAAUGAGUUUCCUCUUACCUUCAUACUUUUGCGGAAGCACUAAUACUAAGUAAAAAUGGUGCCUUAAAAAGAAAAACUUUACUUGCACUAGUCAAAACACAUUUCUGUUCCUCUUCAACGCUGUACUAUAUUGUACCAAAGUAGAGGUUUUGGUGCAGUACCAAACUGGGCAGAGUGGAACAGCACACUCAGUAAGAGGAGAUAGAUAUAUGAACUGACCUGUCUUAAUUGAUCAGAUCCAUCCUAAAUUAAACAAAAUGGCCUUGAGUGCUGAAAUUCGAGAGAGGUUUUUUUUUCUGAUUCCAGUUUCUUUACACCCUACUGUGAUUAUGCAAACAAGAAUUGGUUUUGAUUAAAGAAAAGUCAUUUUAUAUGCGCCUUAUUUAGAACCUGAAUGUGAGGCAAAAUAGGUUGCUGUAAAACAACUUUUUCUAAUACCUUGAAGCAUAUAGCAGACAAAUUUAGGACAAUCAUGGAACGCAGAAGUGUUAAUUAUUAUAUUGUCUUUUUUCCUGUAGCAAUAAAUAACCAAGUGCAAUGACUGAUGUAAUAACAAAUCCUAGAGAUUGCCACUAUGAAGGGUUUUUUUUUUAAAAUGAUGGCUAUUUUCUCUAAUGUCUGUCUUUAUGCUCUGUGAUGGGAAAUGGGACUGGAUGCAGACAUUCCAAAGAAUAAAAUUUAUUUCAAGCAGGAAUCUUUACUGAUUUGUUUACCGCUGCUGCAAAAGUAUGUAUGCUAUCAAAAUGUCACAAAUAAAAUUAUAUCCUGUUGA